CGUGAAUUCUACAUGUACGCUGGGAUCUGUCAUUCAUCGAUAUAUGUUACAGAUGGUGCGGUAUGGUAUCUGGACAAUUUAUUGAAUGAAAAUGUUCGAAAUUUUUACUGUCACACAAAUCUGGUAGUUUAAUAUGUCUGGUUAGUGUCCGAGGAACUUGCUUUUUUGUUUUUGUGCGUUGUUUGUUAGGAAUAUACGACUGUUUGGGUGAAUAUUCUUUAAUGUUUGUGUUCGUGUGGCUGGUUGCAAGUUGAUAGAGGUGCGAAAAUAUGUAGGUAGUCAAAAGCUACUACUUAAACAGAAUGUGCAAUUCUGCUACAAAACACUCGAUUUUUUCUUUGGGAAAAUGUGACAUCGCGCAAAUAAUUGCGUGCUUAUAGUGAAGACAACAUGAGGCAUGACGUUGCGAACGGAUUUUAUCGAUUUAGUGAUUAUUUAAAACAAACGAACAAGAGAAAGGAAGUGUAACACUAAAAAAGUGCGGAAUAUGCCAGGAUUAGUGGUUUUCCGAAGAAGAUGGAGUGUAGGUUCAGACGAUCUGGUUGUACCAGGAGCAUUCCUUUUUACUGUACAUUUAAUAUGGACCAUUAUACUGGGUGUUGUACUCUUUCUAGUGAACUACGACAAAAGUCGUCAAUGCAUUUUCUUGCUGUGGGGCCUGCUGGUAGGAUAUCUAGUCAUUUUAAUACUUUCCAUGGUCAUCGAAAUAUGCGUUUGUGUAGUGGCCAUGCGUGGAAGCAUUCUAGAUACAGGAAGAAGAGCCUCCAUGCAGUAUAUACUCUACCUCAGAUUAACUGUGAUGAUUACAGAAGCUGCUUGGCUGUCAGCGGGAAUAGCUUGGCUAGUGAAUUAUUAUUUAGACUGCCCUGUAGAUAAAGCCAAAGAAAUUGUUUUAAUUAUGGUAAUUUUCAAUUGGUGCAUCCUUUUUUCUAUGAUAGUGACAAUUUGGUGUACUUACGAUUCUGCCGGCCGUUCGUGGGUGAAAAUGAAAAAAUAUCAACGUUCGAUGAGAGAAUCAGAGUCGAAGUUUCAGUACAAAAGAUCAGGAAGCGCUCGAAAUUGGAGACAAAGAAAAGUACUCAGAGCGUAUCAGGACAGUUGGCACAAUCGGUGUCGAUUUUUGUUUUGUUGUUCAUCGGCCAACGACAGGAACAGAAACUCUUUUGCUGACAUCGCUAGAUUGCUGUCGGAUUUUUUUCGGGAUCUGGAUGUUGUUCCUUCUGACGUGAUAGUUGGUUUAGUUUUACUUAGGAAAUUUCAGAAGAUUGAGCAAAAAGCUAUUGUUGAACAGCGUAAAAAUGAUACCUACGAGUUCCUUUCCGGUGUUGCCAUAACUCCUCGGACACAAUUCCUGUCAUUACAUGAGGAUGGAGUAGAUUUAGAACGUUUUCAGGCUGUUAUCCACUUCGCCCAUUUUGCCGUUAGGGCAUACGGCUGGCCAAUCUUCAUGGUGACUAAUUCAAUGGGACUAUGUCAACUGUGUGCUGGCUUAAGAUGCUGUUGCUGCAUUCCUUGCCGAAAGAAUUCAGGCACUUCUCCAGAAAUAGUUGACGAUAAUUGUUGCCAAUGUAAUUACGCAGCUUUAGAAAAACUGACUGAAUACGGAGAUAUAGAGAUUAUAUAUGCUACUUACCACGUAGAUAUAGGCCAAACACCGUUCUUCGUAGCGCUAGAUUAUGAUAGAAAAAACGUUGUGAUAAGUAUUAGAGGAACUCUAUCCAUGAAGGAUAUUCUAACGGAUUUAAACGCAGAAGCUGAAACUCUGCCAUUGGAACCACCCAAGGAUGAUUGGUUGGGCCAUAAAGGCAUGGUUCUAGCUGCUCAAUAUAUCCUGGAAAAAUUAGACGAAGAACAGCUAAUAGAAAAAGCAUGGGCACAUAAACCUGACAGGGGCACUGCUGCAUUUGAUAUAGUCAUCGUGGGACAUUCAUUAGGUGCUGGAACGGCCAGUAUUUUAGGUAUACUUUUAAGACAGAGACAUCCUACGCUUCAAUGUUACUGUUACGCACCACCUGGUGGUCUACUUUCAGCGCCUGCAGUUGAUUAUACGAAACAGUUUACAGUUUCUGUCGUUGUUGGAAAAGAUGUCGUGCCUAGGAUAGGACUCUAUCAAAUGGAAACGUUAAGAACAGACCUUAUUAAUGCAAUUAAAAGGAGCGUAGAUCCGAAAUGGAAAACAAUAUCGUGUAGCGUUCUUUGUUGUGGAUGUUCCCAACCAACGUCAGCCGUUGAAUUAUCUACAGGAGAGAAGGAUGUAUGCGAAUAUAUGAGAAGCAAAGAAAAUGCUCGAUGUCUAGGUUUGCAUCCUUCUGAUAGUACAAUCGCUCUUACUAGUCAUCAACCAUUAUUUCCGCCUGGAAGAGUAAUUCAUAUUGUCAGGCACCACCCAUCAGCUGGACAACAAGCCCUUCACAAAAAGGAACCCGUUUACCAGGCCCUUUGGGCACAAAACACCGAUUUCGACGAAGUUUUAAUAUCGCCUGUCAUGAUUCAAGAUCACAUGCCAGACAAGAUACUCGAUGCUCUCAACAAGGUUGUAACUACCAUGGGCCCCAAGAAACCUCAACGCUCAUCUUCGACUAGUGAACCAUCUACAAACUAUCAUUCAGCAACAUCCAUUCCAAACUGCUUUCUAGAGACUAGUUUUACAUCGUUGCAGAGCCCCUCGAGCAACUCGUCCAUUACCAAUGGCUACUUUUCAACUAGAAGCCAACCGUCCCCACUUUCGUUUUAUCAGAUUACUAAAUCAUCUACGCCAGUGAUUUGCAGGAACUUAGACCGAUCCAUGUCAACUAUUCACUGUUCCUCCAAUCCUUCAACGAAGCUUCAGCCGUCCAGACCUGAGCCUAAGACUAUCAGCCGAAGUCUGAGUCUCAGCCUGAGAAGUUGCAAUAGUCCAAAAGUGGAUUUGAUACAUGACGACUGGUUGGGAUUGGCUCCGUUAGCUAGUUCUGAAAGUCUGUCCGAAUUAUCCAGUAUAAGUUCCAGAGCCAGUUUGGUUACAACGACUAAUGUUAUAGUAGAGAUAAACCGUACCCCAAAA